UUUCUUAUUGUACGUUGCGCUAUCAUAGUGCUUGAGGAUUUCACGACUGCAGAGUCUUUGGUAUACGAAUUCAGCACCCUUCAAGCUGCAAAUUACUUUUCAGAUGAUCAAAUGCUUGGCGGAGGAGGAUUUGGCAAUGUCUAUAAGGGAACCCUCCCAAAUGGACAAGAUAUAGCAGUUAAAAGGUUAUCGAGGGUCUCUAAUCAAGGAAUGGAAUCGUUUAAGAACGAGGCUGUAUUGAUAGCUAAACUUCAACACAAAAAUUUGGUUAAGCUUUUGGUUUGCUUAACAAGAGAGGAGAAGCUUCUUGUGUACGAAUAUGUUCCUAACAAAAGCCUCAACUAUUUUCUAUUUGAUCCAAAAAAGCAAGGAGAAUUAGAUUGGCCUACGCGCUACAAUAUUAUAACAGGUAUAGCCCGAGGAAUACUUUAUCUACAUGAAGACUCUCGACCUAGGAUUGUUCACCGUGAUCUAAAAGCAGCUAAUAUAUUGCUUGAAGAAGAUAUGAACCCAAAAAUUGCAGACUUUGGUUUGGCGAGGAUCUUCAAAGUUGAACAAACAGAGGAUGACACUAAUAUAGUAGCAGGAACAUAUGGUUAUAUGGCCCCAGAAUAUGCAAUGAAUGGACAAUUUUCUGUAAAAUCAGACGUGUAUGGCUUUGGCGUAUUGGUAUUAGAGAUUGUAAGUGGCAAGAAGAUCAAUAGCAAAUUCCACCCUCUGGAGUAGGAGACCUCUUGACACAUGCCUGGAGAAGCUUGAAAGAAGAACAA